AUGAAAUUCAAAUUGUUUUUCCUUUUUUGUCUUGUUUUCUUGGUGGGUCAGCUGGAGAGCUUCCCUCAACAAGGUAGGUGUUCUUUUCUUCUCAUUUAUGCUUAAUGAUUCCAGAAGUACGUAUCCAUUAUUUUAAGCGAGAUUGAAGAAACAAAAACUCAUAAGUGGUUUACUCAUUAUCAUUUUGAUGUAGCGGAUUUUGUACGUCCAUCUCUGUACUGCCGAGCUUGGUAUUACCUGUUUCGUGUCAUCAAAAUUUUAGGCCUUUUCCUCGUUUAUAUUCAUGUUUCGGUCUCGUCAUGCUUAAACGGUUUUUUACUUUUACUUUUGGGUUUCAAAUGACAAGCGUCGACAUGCAUAUGGCUUCACUUUUGUGUCCAAACAUAAUUAUCUCCCCUUUCUAACAGGUGUUUUCAACUUGCAAAUUGGAUUCGCUUCGCCCAAAAUUACUGUGAACUUUUUUAAUAUCAAGAACGUUAUGGCAGUAUUCAUUUACGAGUGAUUACGACAUGUGAUCUUUGAAUAUGCGAUUGAUCGUUGACCUGUUUUCAUUCAUUAAGACUUUGAAACAUUGUAACUAAAACUUAAUAUAAAUUUCUUUAAAAACAAAAGAAAAUGAAAAUGAAAUAUAUAAAAAAGGAAAGGUAGUUUAUGCACUAUUUCCGAGAGUGGCAUUCCGGUAUUUUGAGUCAAAUUUCUGGAUGGAAGACCGACUUCAUGCUUCGCUAGGAGAAACAUCUUUGUAAGACAGUUCCCGUAGGGUCUUAUUACCGUCCAAGUAAUCGUACAGGAUCCACUACUACCAACAACAACAACAACAACAACAACAACAACAAGGAAAACGUUUAAAUCACCAAAUUGUUGUCUCAGUAACCCCUCUUUGCUGACAAGUCAAUAACGACGUAGUAUGAAUAAUAAACUUUGAUUUUUUUAUUUAUUCAUUUAUGUUUUAAGGUGACCCUGAUCCUUAAUAUUGCAUUACGUUAAUAGAAGAUAAAUGAUUCAUUAAGAAUUCAAUGAAAUUAGAACUCGCAAAUUCUAAAAGAUGCAUCUUUGGUUAAAGUAAAGUAUUAACUACAUGCAUACAAUAAUAAUGGUAAUAAUGUUUGCCUAUGCCAUUACUUUUCCUCGCUGCUACGUUACCCAUUUGCGAUGAACAUCAGCAGUGUUAAUUGGACAUGGACUUCUUUUUUACAUUUUUUCGUUUUUUUUUUUUUUUUGCUUUUAUUGCCACGGGCAAAUAUUAGAACCAGAGGAAAACGAGGAACCGGGGGGAGAAACCGAAGAACCCGAGGGGGAAACUGAAGAACCCGAGGGAGAAAGUGAGGAAACUGGGGACCCUGAAGAAAAAGAGGAACCAGAGGAAACAGAGGAACCGGAGGAGACAGAGGAACCCGAGGUGACAGAUGAGCCCGAAGAAGCCGAAGUGUAG